AUGGAACGCCAGAAUUUUAGAAUUCCUGCUUGGGACAACUUUUCACGACGAUAUGAAGAGAAAAAGACACCAAAGAGUCCUAGAUUUAAGGUCACUGACCUCUUCAGGACUCAAGAAUCAUUAAGAGUAAACCAACGAGAAUGCAAUAACACUACAGUUCAACCUUCUGGGCAAAUGUCCAGGUUCUCUCCUCUAAGUAUGGAAGAGAAUAAAAUGGAAUCCACUCAAAAUUUACCUGACCUCAGUGGCUCGAAUGGUGAGCCUAACACAAAUCUCGCUAUGGUGUCUCAAAAUCGAACAGGAAGGAAACAACAAUUAAAGAGCUUGAGAAGGACGAUACUUAAGAAAUAAAGCUACCAAAAGGAUGAAUAGGGUCAAGAGUUUAGACCAAAAGGAUGUAGAAAGCAAACAAAAUGUAACAGCAUCGGUUUUAAAAGCCCAUAAAGAUGUCAUUAAGACUCUGAUGAAAGUCUUUUCCUCACUUAAUAAAUAUUCACUCCAGACUAGUAGGAUGCCAGACUCUUUUGAUUUUAUGAAGAAAUUUGAGCUUGAGAUACUCAGAUUGCAGGAGUUUAAGAAGAAGUAUUUGUCACCCAUGAAUCCAUUUGCUAAUGCUCCAGAUAUGGUGGAAAGAUUUAUCAGAAACUUUUAUGCUCUAAAGUCCUUACAAAGUAAAUAAAGGCCCUUUCGAAUACUUCUUCGUCCGUCGCUGAGACGACCCAGAUUGCUUCAGUAAAGAUAAUAUUGGGAAAUUGUGUCUCCAUGCACAUGGGAAUCAGAAGAUAAGAAAGAAUUGAGGGUCGAUUCCAUUCAAUGAAAUCUUUCAGACUUUCAAGACAAGGCUCAGCAAAGCUCAAAAGUACAUUGAUGAUCUUAAGAAAGAUAUAAAAACUAAUGCUGAGCUAUCCAACCUCGUCAAGAAAUUAAAGAACAAACUCAGGGAAUUAAAAAUACAGAAAGCUUUAAAUACUUCAUUGAAAGGUGAUGAGGUUGCUCAAGCGAUUGAAGAGAAUAAAGAAAUAUCUAUAGAAGUACAGGAGAGGCUUAAAAAGCAUGAAGACCAAAGAGCUAAGCCUAAAUUCUACCCUCCUUCUAUAAUAAUCAAAGAAAGUUUGGAGCAUUGUGACCACUGCUGCCUUGGAGAUAAACAGAAGUGAUUCCUUGAGAGAUACUUCCACAAAUACUAUAACUUACUUGAGGCACUUGAGAAGCUACUUGUUUGCCCAAUAACGUUGGAAAUGAUUAAGAAGCCAACAAUCAUACCAUCAGGAAACCUUGUAGAAAAAAGAGUGGUGCAGAGAUUAAUAAGAGAUGGGAAGGCAGAUCCAUUUAACAGAAGGCUGAGAUUGGAGAAAGUAAUACCAGACAGAUUUGCUAACGCUGUUCUAGAUCUAUUCAUCAAUAAUCUUCAAUUUUAG